AUGGAGAAGCUUGGCAAAGUAUGGACAAAGCUGAGUACCACGCGUCGACCAUCGCAAACAAGACCUACCAAGGAUAUUGACAUGGAGGGUGAUGCACCGGUGGAUACGAAAAAGGUAUUUGAACUGUUUGCUGAAACUCCGCGCUCCGCUGAACACCAUCGACACAGUAACACAGCCAGUGGCUCGGGCAGACCAGCAACAGCUACCUAUACACCUCCCGCCAGCCACCGAAAGCACCAGAGUCUGUCGAGUCGGGAAAAGUCCACUCGUGCCGCAUUUCCUACAGUAGCAUCUACCAAUGCCAUUGCGGAGGAAUGGCGAAAGACAUCACCAGGGGCCCUGGCUUCGGAUCUGGAACCGCCUGUUGCCGCUAGCACGGCUAUUUCCGGAGUACGACCCGCAUCAGCUGAAACGGCAAGCACAAGCACCACUGGAUUUAGCAAAUUUUACCGCGAUAUCCCGGUUGUAGCUGGCAGUGCAUUGGAACCAGUGGAUGCAAGUGAAGAAAUCGGGAUUGGUAAGGUACUAAAAGGUAGCUCGCCACCCGUAAUUUCUCGGACACCAAUAGUUGCUAAGCCAAUAGGACAUGUAAUCGCAGCUAAAGACUGGGAUGAAAGGACAGAUGCCGAUGAUACUCCGACUGGUUGGAGUAUGACGAUGACAGCCACAUUGCCAUCUCGUGUUACGUUUACUGUGCCGACAACAGCACUUCCUGAAACAAACGAUUACGGUGAAACUGACGCCGACCGUCAGAGCCCUUGUCCCACGACUCGUGAAAUUCCAGAAUUAUCGAACGUCUCUGAUGCGGUAAGCUUUGAGCUUUGCACAGAUAAAGAUUAUCCUGGCUAA